UAUUCUGCUGUUAAAAUACGCAGCAUAAUAUGCAGAUGUCCUCUGGCCAUAAAAGGGUUAAGCAAGAGGCCCUGCCUCUGUUAUGCAUUGUUAGCAAAUCUGCAGCUGAGUUAAUGGGACUCCUGGCAUCAAGAGCAGCCCUCAGCUGACGUGGAAGAACUACACAUCAAGAAGUGGCUGAAUAUCUGAACGCCAGCAAGAGGGCAAAGUGUGUGAAUGUCGUGACAGAAAACAGCUUUAACAAUAUGUGGACAGGAAUAUAAGAAAACACACGAUAAGAGAGAAAAUAACAUAGCAGGUAAAAAAGGCUAAAAGCCAGAAAACAAAACUAAAGCAAACAAGAUAAAGAGACAGAAGGAGGAGACUGUUUUUCAGCAGAAUAGAAAGAGAAGACUAAAAAAAUACGUCAUCAUGUCAUACCGUCUGUUUGAGGGGAAGGAUCAUGCAUCCAUCUAUCAAAAGUACCGUUUUACACCUCCAGAUGAGCUCAAGAAGAUUAUUCUUCAAUACCUCGAUACGAAGAAGGGGCAGCCACAUGUGCUGGCAGUGGAUCUGGGAUGUGGGACGGGUCAGAAUUCUCGGCUACUGGCGCCAAACUUCCAGGAAGUGGUGGGUAUCGACAUCAGUGAGGGUCAACUGGAGGAGGCCAGAGCUGUGCCAGGGUACCCCAACAUCACAUACAGGAAGGGGACGGCAGAGGAGCUUCUGUUUCCGGAUGGUUCUGUAGAUUUGCUGACAGCAGCGUCAGCAGCCCACUGGUUUGAUCAGUCGCGAUUCCUGGCCGAAGCGAGUCGAGUUUUAAAACCCCGUGGCUGCAUGGCUCUGCUGGGCUUCAGUGAUAAUAACACCAGGCUUCGCUACCAGACCUGUGGAGAAAAACUCAACCACAUCUAUGAAGAGGUGAAGCAGAUGCUGUUGCCUUACACUAGCAGUCCAGUAGGUGUAGCUGAGGGUAAACUGGAAGAGUUGUACCGUGCCAUCCCUUUCCCGGACAAAGAGAGGAUUGAGUGUAUUCUGGUGAACUCUCCGAUCUCGGUGAGGAACCUGGUGGGUUUCAUGGAGUCCUGGUCCAUGUUCCAAGCUUACUAUAAGAAAGACCCCCAGACUGCUGAAGACCUGCUGCUCAACACUCAGAAGAGGUUCCUGGACGUGAUGGGAGUCACGUCUCCUGACACUGAAAUGGAGCGGCAAAUGGAAUAUUUCUGUGUCCUGGCAUCAAAACCACUAUAAUCAACAAUAUGGCAUUGGUUGUGUGUUUUGGGAGACAGAGAUGUAUGUGAGUGUCUUAGAGAUGUUGAAAUUAACAACUGAUGUGUUUCCAUUUCUGAAUAAACCCUUUUUUUCUCAGUA